AUGGCGUUGAUAUAUGAACUGCCACACGAGAUACUCCUCUUGAUUAUCGAGGAACUCGAGACAGAACGAGAUAUUAGCGUGUUCACCCAGCUUAACGGCUUCUUUUAUAAAACUUUCGCUCCAUACCUUUACCAGCAUAACGUCAGUGAAUCGAAUAGCUCUGCUCUUAUCUACGCUGCACGUUAUGGACGUCUCUCGACAGCUAGAAAAGCUAUUGAACUGGGAGGAGCAGACCCCAAUUCGAUCGCCGCUAACCAGACGGUUCUCUUGCAUGCCGCAGAGACAGGACACGCAGAAAUAUGCGAGUUCCUAUUAAGUCACUACAAUGUUAACGUUGAUAGCCGACAUAUCGGUGAUAACUUUACCCCUCUGCUCACCGCCGCCAUUUUCGGGCAUGCUCCUGUUGUCCGGGUUCUACUGGCCCAUGGGGCAGAUCCGAAUUCGACGGAAGGGGGAGAGCGCCGGGGCGGGCGUUCGGCGCUCUCUCUAGCGUGUGUCAGGGGUUUUACUGCGGUGGUGGAUGUUCUGCUAGCUGAUGCUCCAGAGUUGAAGGUGGACGGUUAUUACACAAAACCAGACAAUAAUGAAGUCCCCUUUCUGGCGGCAAUUACAUAUCGCCGCGAGUCAAUUGCGCUAAAACUCCUGGAUCGAGGUGCAGACCCUUGUGUACCGCUUCGUGGGAGAGCACAGCAUAACACUUCUGCCGUGGCAAAAUUCUCCGCACAAACAUUAGGAACUCUCAUUGAUAGCUCCCAACUAAGAGUCCUUAAGCGAUUACUGAUGUGGGAAGGUCCGCAGCCCAAUCUUCUCGAUCCGAAUGCCGUAUGGGGUGAUAGGACGCCACUUUUAACUGCAGUGGAUAAUAACAGUGAGGAAGCGGCGAAACUUCUUCUGGAGGAUCCGAGGGUUGAUGUGAAUUUAAUCACGCCGACGAAGCAAAUGACUGCAUUGAUGGCGGCGGAGUUAGGAGAAUAUCGGUCAAUUGCUGACCUUCUUCUUGCACAUGGAGCGGAUCCGGAUCUUCCUGACUGUACCGGUAUGACCCCCCGGAUGAUACAGGAGAGGCCAGGAAAACCGGGGAGUGGGAUGAGAGCUGAGCACUCUGAAAAGUUACAGGCGUUUAGGGAAGCCAGAAACGAUGCAUUGAAAAGCACAUCAAGAGAUCGUGUAGAAGCCAUUAGGGCCAGGAUGAGAGCACGGAGGGCGGCGAGGGCUGCAGAGCAACAAGAUAGAAGCUCAUCACAAGCAGAAUGA